AGUUUAUAUUGCACUGAUUUUUAUGUAUAACUAUAAUUUGUAAUAUGAAUUGUUUGUUUUUUAAAAUAAUAUGCGUGCAUGCGAUCGGCGCACGUCGUGAAAACUGAUUUUCUCUCGAAGCUGAGAUUUGUGCACGACCGUGCGCUUGCUAAUAAUAGACCCGCACUGUCCGUGAGCGCAGAUCUUUUCGGAUUCUUAUAGCGUGUAAUUCGAGCGAAGUUCGAGACACAAGUUCACACACCUUACCAUAACCCCACUUGAGAGCUACUCAGUGUUGCACCCAAUGCAUUGAGAACACAUAUAACCUAAAAAUUUGAUUGAAUUUUUUGUAAUGACUCAAUAUAAUAUGUUGGUCAUAGGCAAGCAGCCAAAAUACCAAAAUGAAUCACAAAUGAUUCAAUUGUAAUUGUAUCGAUGUUAUUAGAUCAGUUUCAAUGUAUUUUGAUGAUAGAAACACUGGCAACACUGUCAAAAAUGUUAUUUGUUUGAUAUUUUUAUCACAAUUGGCAUUUUUAAUUGACCAAUCGAGCAUAUUGCAAUAAGUGCACCAUGCGCACAUAUGUCUGGCCUAGAUUAAGAAUUAAAAUUUUACCUUAUACGCGAUCAGCUCUCCGAUCGCGCCAUAAAUGGCUGCGAUUUUUAUUCGUACUUAAUUUUCAAUGCCAAACAAAAAUUACCACACACAUCAAAUAAAAUAUAAUAUACUUUACAACAAAAUAAAUAAAAAAGUGAAAUUUAUUUCUAUUAGAAUUGUAAAUCGUUGAAAAACUGAAAAACGUUAGAUGAUUACAAAGAUAACGUGCGAAUAGCGCCGCAAAUCCGCCGUGUUAUUUUCUAUUUAGUUAAAUAAUCGCGACAGAGCCAGCGACAGUUGGUAAACACCGCAUCAAGAUGACCGGAUGCGAGACAAUGCGCACCGGAAGCAUCACACGGCCGCAUAUACGAAUUUUCUAUAUUUCAUCCAAUUCCAUCUGCACGCAUAAUGCGAUGCCGUUUAGUUGUGUUGGCGCAACAGUGCACUCCGAGCGCUGGACAACAACAACAUGUUUCGCUUGUUUGCCAUCUUGUGCUGCUGGUUUCUGAUUGUCUUCACGGGAUGCAGUGUUGAUGUGUUUGCUCAGUAUCAGAAUCGGAGACCGACUGUGCGACUUCCGCAAGGGACAUUGAUUGGUACUAAAGUAUAUAGUGAUUCGGGAGCUAUAGCAGACGCAUACUUUGGUAUACCUUACGCUGCUCCCCCAGUGGGUACCCUACGUUUUUCUCCACCACAACGCCAUCAUGGCUGGAAUGGAACCCUGCAUGCUUUGAACCAAGCUCCGCCAUGUCCCCAACUACCAAUUCUAAAUGCUCAAACUGUUAGUGAUGAAGACUGUUUGUAUUUAAACGUUUGGGCACCUGAGAAUGCUGGUCGUUAUGGCCUGGCACCUGUGGUGAUUGUUUUCGAAGGAGUUGAAUUUGCAAGGGUUAAUUCCAUACGUAUCCCUGGGCAGGAUCUUGCAAUGGAGAAUGUGGUUACUGUGACGGUUAAUUACCGUACCAAUGUUUUCGGGUUUCUUAGUAUAGGUACCAAUGAUUUACGUGGGAAUUAUGGUUUGAUUGAUCAGUAUUUUGCUAUGAUUUGGGUGAGGGAGAAUGCUAAACACUUUGGAGGUGAUUCGGACCGGGUUACAUUGUUUGGACAUGGUGCAGGGGCUGCGAGUGUGGCGUAUCAUAUGACAUCCCCAAGGACAUCAGGGUUGUUUCAUCGUGUGAUUAUGGCUAGUGGGAGUCUCUUAUCACCUUGGCAUCUACCUACAAAUCAAUUUAAGUCUUCGGAGAAAAUCAUAUCACUUUUGGGAUGUUACAGUGAUUAUUCUAAGAGUAUGAUGCAAUGUCUACGCAGUAAACGUACUGUGGAGAUAUUAAAAGCUUAUGAAGAAUAUAUCGAAAGUGGAAAUGCUCCUGAUGGAUUCAACCCAGUUAUAGAUACUUUCCUUCCAGAAUCAGAUCGUUAUCUCCCAAAAGAACCUUUGAUAGCUUUCCAAGAAGGUACCAUGUUACAACUACCAAUUCUAACUGGUAUCUCCAAGGUUAUUACAGACCCACAAUUUUUACAAUGGGAGCAAAUAGCUCAGCAAGGUACCAUACAACUCCAACAGUUUUUUGAGCAGUCAAAGAUCCAAGAAAUCAUGCGUAAAUAUCAACUGGAUAUUAACAACAAAGAAGAGAUUAUUGAGUUGAUUAAAUGGCAAUAUAUCUAUGAUAAUCAACGAAAUGUCAGAUCUCUUCUUGACCAAUUGAAAGCAUUUGAAUUUGAGACUAAACUUGAAGCCCCGCAUUAUUUACAAGUGAAUUAUUUACUAAGGACGUAUUUGCAACCGAUUUAUGUUUAUGACAUUGAUGAUUUUGGGCUGCAAAUUAAUAAUACCAACGCUGAUUCAUUGAUUACUUCUGAUUUGAUUUUGUUGUUUGGGCCGUUUUUGUUGAAUCAACUGGCAAGGAGAAGGUUUAAUAAUAAUGAGCUCAGAUAUAGUAAGAGAUUUAAACAGUUGAUUGCGAAUUUUGUUAUUUUUGGAAAUCCUUCACCGAAUAAUAAUGUGAAAUCUUGGAAGAAAUACGCACCAAGUGACUUUUACAUUGAACGGAUUGAUGUACAAUCUUUGGAUAAUACUUUAACACGAGCAAAAAGAGUGUCCUUCUGGACACAGUUGUUACCAAAGCUUUCGAAUCCAAAUUUUAACUCUAAUGACAAUCCAAGGGAGCUGUAUUUAAGUCCUGAUCCAGCUGCAGGAUUCCGCCAUGCUAUGUACACACUAGUUGGUCUUGUCGUUGCUCUUUUGGGUCUGCUAACAAUCUGUAUUGUUUUGUUAAAGAGGAGAUCCAAGGAAACCGAACGGCAUCUUCACAUGGGUUUUUAAUCUGUAACAAGCCUGAUGUAUAUCUUUGUUAUUUACUUGAAUAAACAUUUAAAUUGGUUCAUAAAUAA